UUGAUGCACACAGGGCUUAACCGUUGGCUGGAGACCCACACAUUUCUAUUAGCGUGUAUCUGGGCACCAUACAGAGAUGCACCUCUUCAUCAGAUGACCUGAAUGUCCAAUGUGAAGUCAGGUUCGUUAGUUGAGCCACAGGUGCGCCUAAGCCUCCUAUUUCAACGGGAUCGAAGGAGUCAGAUUGCAGUGAGCCUUGAUUUUGUUCUCGUAGCAUGUGGAGGCGAGCUAGUUCUCAUUCGUCCAAGAGGAUGUUCCGAUCUCAAAAGUAGGUUCCCCAACGGACAUGACGAAACACCGUCUUCGGGGGGGGCUGGGCAUGAUUUUGUCAAAGAAUCGAAUACUUCUGUAGAUGAGACCUUUCCAGUAAUCUUUCCAAAAAACCCAGCAGUUCUGCUCAUGGCUACAGCUAGAACGGCUCGGUGCCCAAAGAAGCAGUCGACGUACAGAACUCUGGCGUUUGCUUUUCUUCGAAAGAAAGCCGGGAGUUCAUCUUACAAAAAACGAAAGAGAAAAUAAGCGAACAGAGAUGAUGACAGCCACAUCGUAGGUUAGAUUCAAAGUGAUAAGAAAAAGUGAACUGUGUGACCUCUGUCCACGAUAAUGGACAAUUUCUGACGACGCGGUUUUGUUGGAUUGAGGCUGAGAUACCAGAAAGCCGACAAGGAAGAUAGCAUAGUGGUUUAGAUUCAGCUUUUCAGCUACAGGUCACUAAGUAAAAGCAUUUUUGAGCGGAGGUAAAAGCAAAGUCAUGAAAGAUUCUAGAUUGAAUUUCAGAAAGUGAUCAAGCUGAAAAGGGUGCCCUACGAUUAUCUUCGAUACCUGGAAAAUGAUUGGGGCGCAGACGCCGGACUCGGCCAAACUGUCCGGUUACCUCGUUGAAGUCAUCUAUCAUCUAGAAUCAUGGUUCCUAAUCGAAGUCAGUUAUGCACGGCAAAAGAUUCAAUAUCCGUAGUACCUCGUUGCUUCCCAUGUUGUGUAUUCGUUCGAGUCAUCAGAGAAUUUUCUCACAACUUGGACUAGGUUCCCAUCACCUGACCAAACGGUCCAACAUAUCCUCUUGGAUAAAAACAAGUACGAUCGAAGGUCCUAAAGAUGAUGUACCAAGAUAAGCUUGAAAACUCCACCUGACGAAGGAGGUGGUUGAUGAUCACUUAUGCUCAUUGGAUGAGACUUCUCCACAAUGGGUUUCACAACUAUUGCGUUGAAAUCAUCAAGAUGGAGAGACAAAGAGAGUCUCAGGGCGACAGGGAGGAAGGAAGGGGGGUAAGUACGAGGAUCCGGACUCUGCAGCGCCGUUGAUCACGAGGUAAAGACGAAUGAAGCCGGAAAGUGGAAAAGUGGGAACGCUCGAACAACGUGACAAGGAGAAACAUUGAAGAGUCCGUACUGAACUCCCUGACCUCUGAACAGUAUGCCUGACCGAUCGGCAGCUCCUUUGAAACUGGUGAAAGAGUUCCAAUAUCAGCUCACACCGUACUGCCAACCUGUUUCGGCAGCUUUUAGCCACGGAAUUAUUACAGAUGUUCAGACUACAUAUGGGGCUCGAGACUUUCAACUGAAGGUCGCGCUUCAAGCUCUCGUUACAUUGAGCAUGUCACGGCUGAAACUCUGAAGAGUCUGAACAGGACCUUCAGUGUGAAAUUUACCACGUGUCAUCAGAUAGACCGGGAAAUAUGUAAGGAUUUUCAAGCCAGUAAGGUCAUCAGCCUCGGCACCGCGAAUGCUCUCGGUUGCGAGCGAAUAGAGAGAGGCCUAGAGCCUGCGACCACGAUUAACUGCCGGAUGUGAGCCAGGCCAGUCAUAUUCCGAUGGUGUGGCACAAGUCGGCAAUUCUGAACAACAGCCACCGAGCUAGAGCUGAACAAAGGUGAUUGAGCUGUCUAGAGAUAGCUAGGCACUGUGGAGACUCUGUGAGUGCUAAGAUUUAUGAAGCCUGUCUCGUGGAUGAGUUCAGAUGUGAUGCACUUUCAAGUAUGCUUCUCCCCAGCUUUUCGUUUCGGAUUUAAGACACGCAGAGCAACGUGCGAACUGCACGCGAAUAUAAAAGCCUGAGUGUGAUCUAAAGAAACGGCGAGAGAGUCCGAGACAGGAAAAGGACGCGAUAUAAAAUUCGUCUUGAGCUGAAUACGGGAGUGAGAUCACAGAUGCCCACUGAACCGCUACACACCUUCACCACGCUCUGGAAAUACGUGCUUUACAGCUGAAGAUCAUUCACGUAUCAUUAUUUGGAUAUCCAGCGUAAAACCACCACCACCAUCCAUGUACCAGCAUGCUCGCAGUUCGCAGGUCUGCAUUGGGCUACAUUGGAAUGGAAAGAUACAAACAAAAGCAGGUUUUCCGCGCUUUCAGAUCCUGAUCUAGAAGUCCGUAUAUGAUGCAGAGAUGACCGUAUGUUUUUUGUACAAGCCUAAUGAUAGCAAAGUUUCUGUGUGUGUCCGUUCUCGUCACAACAUAUGCUGUACAGCCAAAGUACGCUAGGUUUUUGUAGAUUUGACGUUGGAGGCCGUAGUAUAUUCGCGAAUCCUGUCAGGAAGAUGCUAUAUCGGUGAUGCAGCUGUCUUUCUCGCCCGAGGUCAGGGCCUCAGUAGUGGACAAUGUUUAUGCUUCGAACGAAGAAAUAUGAGGAAAGGAGGGCUCAGUUCGUUCGCACUGGAACCGAUUAUUGUCGUUUAUUGAGCUCGUAGUUGUCAGGGAAUCGUAUGAUUCUCUCUUCUUCAUUGUACGGUUAACUGGAUUAACUUAGCAGAGAAUCAUGCAAGUGUUCACGUGAUCCUCAAUUUUAUAGAAAAAUUG